UUACUAUUCAUAGAAUCAUUAUGUUAAUUACUAACAAUAAUUAAUUACUGAGACAACAAUAAUAAAACUUCAGCAAUUUCAAUUUCUGCCAAGAACUUUAAAAUGUCUGAAAACAGGACUCAGGCUCAGCACAAAGAAGUAGAAACCAAACCCUUAACCGUCCUGGUGACUGGUUUUGGCCCGUUCGGCAGUCACAAAGUAAACUCUAGCUGGGAAGCGGUUAAACUCCUUCCCUCCAUGGGACUGACAGCAAAUGGCCGAGAGUUGAGAGUGGAGACUAGAGAAAUAAGAGUCUCCUACGAGCUCGUUAGGGACCGAGUCCCUGCCCUGUGGGAUGAAAUAAACCCUGAUCUCUGCAUACACGUUGGGGUGUCUCCCUACAAGUCCAUAAAGUACGAGAAGUGUGCCAAUAACCAUGGAUACUUCCUUCAAGACGUGGACUCACAAUUCUUGGAGUCUUCCACGAUUCACCCUGGCUCUCCGGACGUCUUGAAAACAUCACUUGAUUUAGACGGACUCUCCGAGGAGGUAUUGAGUAUCGUAGCCAAAGAGGAGGGAGGGAAGAAUAACGUUAAGAUUGAAGUCUCGUUUGAUGCAGGGCAGUACCUUUGUGACUUUAUAUAUUACACGUCGCUUCAUCACACAUUCAAGAAGAAGAUUGAUAAAGCUCCAGUUCUUUUUGUACACGUUCCACCGCUAGAUCAACCUUAUUCACAGUCGUGUCUUGCCAAUGUAUUGAAGCAUACCAUUGAGAGUAUUCUCUCUAAUAAAAGCAAUUGAGAAUAAGAUUGAUUCCUUGCAUGCAUCGCUGCUAUAAUUGUAAUAAUAAUUAUUAUUGCUACGAUCCUUUUCAUUUUGAUCCCACCCAUCCUUUGAACAUUAUUAUUAUUAUUAUUAUUGUUACAAUGUUAAAUUUUUUUGAUAAUUUUUCAGUGGCUG